AGAAUGAUCAUGUAUUUCAUUAACAUUCCACAAGUCAGAAUUGCCUUCAAUUAUCAUCACAAAUUCUCCAAAUUAAUUAGGCCAUUUUUUGCCAUUUCCACCUCCAAAACAUGCACUUGUCUUGGCUAAUCCGAUAUCAGUUAUUAGCACUAAUCUUCAUUUUCAUCACCCUCACCCAAGUUACCUCCUUAUAUUUCAACUUCCCUACCUUCAAACCAGAGGAUGAAACUUCCCAUUUACUCCUGAGCAAGAACUCAAAAAUCUACCUAGAUGCCAUCCAAAUAACCCCUGAUAUUCGCGGCGCGAUCGUGGAUUAUUCCGGACGCGCUUUCUACAAAAAGCCAUUCAGACUUUGGAGCAAGAACAACAACAACAAAGUAGCUGCCUUCAACACCACUUUUGUUCUCAACAUAACCCCCCAAACCUCCCCUGGUGGAGAAGGCAUAGCCUUCAUCUUAACCGCGGAUCGCACUCUACCGCAAAACAGUGAAGGACAAUGGCUUGGUAUUGUGAAUUCCACAACCAAUGGAACUUCACAAUCUGCAAUUCUCGCGGUGGAGUUUGACACCAGAAAAAGUUCCACAGAUGAUGGCCCUGACAACCAUGUUGGGAUCAACAUAAACAGCAUACAUUCCAUCAUACAGGUUCCACUCAUAAACACUAGGGUCAAUAUUUCAUCUGGUAUAAAUGUAACUAUCAGAAUUCAGUAUGAAAAUGAUGUAAUAACCGUUUUUGGUUCCAUGACUGGAGCUUCAAACGGUUCCAUGGAGACCCUCUUGGUAUCUCCACCUCUUAAUCUAUCUUCCUAUCUUCAAGAAGAGGUUUACUUGGGUUUCUCUGCUUCAACAAGUAAUUACACACAGUUGAACUGUGUAAGAGCAUGGGAAUUCAACGGUGUAGAUAUUGCAGACGGUGAUAAAAACCUGGUUUGGGUUUGGAUCACAGUACCAAUUAUUACAGUGAUUGUCAUAGGUGGAUUGAUCUUGUUCUUGGUUUUUCGCCAAAGGAAACGCCGCGCGGAGAAUCCAGAAGAUGCAUAUCCAAGAAUAGAGGAUCAAAUUCAACAUUCCUCAUUUUCUCCAAAGAAGUUUCAGCUGAAGGAGAUGAAAAAAGCAACAGGUGGAUUCAGCCCUCAAAAUAAACUUGGGGAAGGUGGAUUUGGAACUGUCUACAAGGGGGUAUUAGGAAACAAUAUGGAGGUAGCAGUGAAGAGAGUGUCCGAAAACUCGCGGCAAGGGAAGCAAGAAUUCAUAGCAGAAGUGACAACAAUUGGAAGACUUCACCACAGAAACUUGGUGAAACUCAUUGGCUGGUGCUACGAGAGCAAAGAGCUUCUACUAGUCUAUGAGUUCAUGCCUAAUGGGAGCUUGGACAAGUACCUAUUUGGCGAUCAAAAACUCGGUAAUAACAGCAUCGGAUGGGGACUUUCUUCAACACUGAAUUGGGAAACUCGACAUGGUGUGAUUCAUGGUGUGGCACAAGCACUGGACUAUCUCCACAACGGUUGCGAAAAGCGGGUGCUUCAUAGAGAUAUCAAGGCAAGCAACAUCAUGUUGGACACCGAUUACAACGCGAAAUUGGGGGAUUUUGGACUAGCGCGUACAAUUCAAAAGAGAAAUGAGACUCACCACUCCACCAAGGAAAUUGCGGGGACACCGGGUUACAUGGCGCCGGAGACUUUUCUCACGGGGAGGGCGACCGUAGAGACCGAUGUUUACGCGUUUGGGGUUCUUGUGUUGGAGGUAGUUUGUGGAAAGAGGCCAGGGAGUAUGUUUGCACAAGAUGACUAUAAAAACAGCAUUGUGUAUUGGGUUUGGGAGCUUUAUGGAAAGGGGAGAAUAGUUAGUGCUGUUGAUUCAAGGGUAAGUAAGGAGGAGGAGGAGGUGAUCAAGGAGGAGGAAGUGGAGGAUUUGCUUGUUCUUGGGCUGGCUUGUUGUCAUCCGAACCCACACCGGCGGCCGUCGAUGAGAACUGUUCUGCAGGUUCUUAACGGGGAAGCGCCGCCGCCGGAGGUGCCGCAGGAUAGACCUGCUUUUAUGUGGCCCGCUAUGCCUCCAUCUUUCAAAGAAAAUGAAGAUAGCUCCCUCAUACAAGGAUCACUUACAGCAUUCACUGAUAUCUCUGGGAGAUAAUUAAAGUUACUUAGGUUCAUGACCAGAACUGGUUUUAGUUGGAAUAUAUAGUUCUUGUAUUUGCUGAUAAGUUUUUAUACAUCAGUGUGUAGUUCAGCUUUGAUAUAUAUUUGCAAACAAUUUUUCUUUUGUGUAAAUUUUAGAUCGUCAUCAUCAUCAUUGGAUCCUUGUACAUAUAGAAUUAUAGAUCCUAUUGAUUUGAAAUUGAUCUCUACACUCCACCCAUGUAUCUGAGAAAUUAAAUGAAUUUGUUCUUGGACAUUUCUAUA